AUGAAUUAUCAUGAUUACAACGAAGCGGAAAAUCACGAAGACUUCCCGAUGCCUCGCGAUCCAUAUGUACUUGAGGACUAUGAGUACGAUCGACAGAAGGAUGAAGGUUCCGACUAUUUGGACACUUCAUAUGAUUAUCCAAAUGAAAGGCAAUGGAAAUACAAAAAACGGGGUGGAGUGGAUAAUGCAUUCUACGAUAAUGGCUACGCUAUUCCUCCUUUGGAAAAGCAUGAUGAUGUUAUGAUGUCCAGCCAAAUACCUCCACCACAUCAGGCCCCAGAGUUUUUCAACUACGCCCAUUCUCUGCCCUUAAUCUUUAACAAUAAUUUUAUGAGAAAAGUUCCACUGGACAUGGAAGGAACAUCUGGAACUUAUUCUAGAUUCAUGCAUGGCUACAUGCCUCCUAAUUACUGGAUGGGGCAAAGGGCAGGAUUUGCUUCGAAACUGCCCUCUAAAAUUCUAGAGCCACACGGUUACCAAAGAAUGCGACAGUUUAGACCGUUCACGGAUUCACCUGUAAUGCCGAUAUCCAACACACAUCCAGUUUUUGGGGGACUCUUUUAUCCCAAAAAUAUUAGAGAGGCAGUCCAUAUGCAUGCAAUUCCAAAGCAUCCACCAAUGAAGCAAGAUCUACCGCCACUGAUGUUUUCGUCAUUUGGACCACCGCCAUUUCUGGGCCCACGUCCACCGGGUCCACCUCCACCAGGUCCACCUCCACCGGGUCCACCUCCACCGGGUCCACCUCCACCGAGUCCACCUUUCCCGGGUCCAGCACUACAUCAUAUCUAUGAGAAAUUCGUUUAUCCCCAAAAUGUUGAAGAGAGGUUUCUUAUGCGUACAGUUCCUAGGUAUCCACCAAUGCGACAGGAUCGACCUUCAAUGAUGUUUUCCCCAUUUAGGUCAGCGCAACCUCUGGGCCCACCCUCACCAGUUCCACAUGCGCCGGGUCUAUUAUUGCCUGACCCAACAGCAUUUGUUCCACAUCGUGGUGAACCGGUUCGUUUGUUCCAAGUUUAUCCUUGGCAUUACAUGCCGCAGGAAACAAGGAAAGCUGAAAAUGAAACGCAGCAAGUUUCUCACCCAGUAGAAUAUUUGCUUUCGCUUUUAACAAGAAGCUUUUCGAGUCCUAGAAUAAUGUGGCCAGUUCCCUCCAAAAAUCUAGAUUUAAAUGGAGUACCUCAAAAAGCAUUGAAAUUAAGAAAGUUGAAGGAAGUGCAUAAGGAGUCGCCACUUGAUAGUAAGUUCUGCAUUAUUUUUAAACAACAGUACUUUGCUCCAAUUGCAGGUGUUAUUCCUAAAGUCAGCGACCUGCAUCGAUCAGUUAGCGAACAGCACAAGAUUCUAAACAAGUCUGAAAAGACGAAGAAUUUCAACGCAGAGGAGAUCGGGAGCGUUUUCAAUGAAAUUCCUGAUGAGCCGCUGGAAACUGGUACCGCGGCGACUAAACGCGACACGAGUGGUCAGUUGCAGAAAACUGACUCAGAGAAAUUGACCAAUAAGGAGCAUAACACUAUUUCAACUUCGUCUCCAGAUAUCCCAACUUCUGACAGAGCACUAACUGCUGUGAAGACGGACAAAGUUCAAGUUGGAGAUAAAACCGACAUGAUGAUCAAUCGCCCGUUGCGAAACUCCGAUGUUGUUGAGCAAAGAGAGAUAGAGUUUACACCUUUAGGAAAUGACAAAGAAAUUCACUAUAAGCCGGUUACAGGUGGAUAUGUGGAUACGAAAGGCUACAGCGGAUCGCAAAUCAAUCGUGAACAUGAUGCAGGAUCGUUUGAAUUUUCGGCGCUCCAGUGA